UAACCGAAUAUAGAACCUUCUCCUUUUAUGAAAUUGAAGUCGGGUAAAAAAGAAGAACCGCCUAACCAAAAGAAAAUACAGAAUUUAUCGCCCAUAUAAUUAUCCUCUUAUUCAUGAAACUUAGUAAACCUCUGAUACAUUUUAAUAAACUAGUAGUUCGCAUGCAUCCGGAGAGGUGGGCUAGCAUAGCCACCAAGUGGAUGCCGGUAGAGGGACGUGGACGGGGCAGGCCCAGGCGGAGAUGGCGGGAUGACCUGGGCAGCUUCCUGAACAACUAGCUGGAGGAAACACCACAUCGGGAAUCAUGGAAAUCAAGGGGAGAGGCCUUUGCCCAGCAGUGGGACACUAAAACAGGCUAUUACAAAAUAAAAAAAGUAGUUCGUUAGUGUAAACUAUUGAGUAUUAAGUAUAUUAUUUGUUAAUGACGCUGUUGUCUCUUUAUUUAAUAAGUAGUUUGUUAUGUAUGUAUGGCAUGGUGUUCUAUGUAUGCUUAAUGUCGGGGAUAGUGCAAUACCGCGUAACUAACAAAUGCAGUAAGGUCCAAUUACCUUGUACAUUGUUUGAAUUUCGAACUCUUACGAUUUUGCUAGUUGCGCGGUAUUGCACUACCCCGACGUUAUGGGUAGACCUAUUUACGAGUAAGUAUGUUUAUUUAUAUUAAUGUCUUGUAUUGUUUCGUUAUAUUCAAUUCGACUUUUCAUUAUUUUUUUGUUUUUUCCUUGCGCCACGUACCGUACAUUCUAUUUUUAUUGUCUGCGACACCCAAAGGUUGUCUGGAAGAAAUCGCUCUUAAGCGAUAAGACCGCCUGUUGUUACCUCUAUCACAUUGUUUUUGUUUGUUUCUGUACAUUUAUUUAAACCAAAGAGUAAAGUAAGUAUAUUUGUAAUCUAUGUAAGGUGUACAAUUAAGAUAAUUGUAUUGUAUCGAUAUCCGCGUUCCCGGGCACGCACGCCCAUCUCGCUCACACUUACGCUCAGUGAGAGUGAGAGGAGAACCCGAACUUACAGGACACUUAUAAUUUUCCAGGAUAUCUACAGGAUCCCAUCAUCAGAUUUUGUGAUGUAAUGACAAUGGGACCAACUGUAAAGUCCUGGAACAAAACGGCUUUUUUUUUAGUAAUAUCUAUGAAAAAUAACUAAUAAUUCACAGUCCGCUGGCCUUUAACUCAUUGGGCAUGCAUUGGGCUGAAUAAAUUAGUCGUUAUCAACGGUAUCGGGACUCCCGGCUACAACGAGUGGGUGCUAUCGCGCCUCCCGCGCCGCAGCGCCAACAAUCGAUCUUACUCACUCAUCCAACCAAGUGCUCAUUUGAUUUAAAUAUUAAUCAAACCAAGAUUAAAAUGUAAACAACCUUAAAAGUUUUCUAAUUUCAUAGAGAAAUUUCCCAAUCUUCUAUUGUCCAUGGAUCACGCUAUGACGGUUACGUUUAAAUCUUGACAAAACAACAAAGUGUUUCACUUGGAAUAAAUAAAUACAUAAGUGCGUAAUAAAUUCUACAAAAUGAGAACUAUUAGUGUACAGCAACCUAUAAAUUUAAAAGUGGUGAAAAUCGAAUUGGACUUCACACCCUUUGAUACGGAGCCACAAAAAAAGGAGAAACCGAAGAAAAUAAUUGUACCCAAGAUCAAUUACGGCAGAAGACCUUCUGUGGUGCCACCUCCUCCUAUCACAAAUUAUGUGCAACAGAAGCGGGACGUAAGAGAGUUGGUUCAAGAUCUGUUGGAUGACUUGUAUGCGGACCAGCGGGACUGGGGUACCAGCAGUGCCUUCGACUACUGCCAUGCAUCAACUUCAGCCGCAUCUCUAGCGUCCUCGCAGUCGAUUUGCAACGACCACGACGACUCAUUCGAGCGAAGUUACUUGGAAGGAUUAGAUGGGGAAGAUCUCCAAAAGCAGGCCAUCGAAUGGGAGGUCAGGCUGCGAGUGGCUGGUGAACGACUGGCGCGGUGUGUGCGAGUGCGAGACCGGCUUCGACGACAACAGAAGAGGUUGUGCGCUGCCUUCACCGUGCUGCUGCGACAUAUCACGGGCGAUACUGGCGCCCGAUUCGGCUUAACGCCAUCCGGCAACGAAGGCCCGGGCGAGGGCGGCUACGCGGAAUGGCUGCACGCUAUGCGGCUCGUCGCGCGGCUGCCCGCCGGCGUGCCGACGCAUUUCCGCAAGAAGCUAUGGAUAACCCUGGCAGACCGGCACCUGACCGCGCGGGGCAUAGACUGGCCAGUAGCGGAGCGCGCGUGCUUUCGCGGCACAGCGCAGCCCGAUGACACGGAGCUCGGGGCGCAGAUCAUCAAGGAUUUGCACCGGACGGGUUGCUCGCUUUUCUGCGGAACGGAAGGACGGGAGAAUCAAGCUAUGCUACGCCGAGUUUUGUUGGCCUACGCAAGAUGGAACAAAGACGUCGGCUACUGCCAAGGUUUCAAUAUGUUAGCAGCUAUCAUUCUAGAAGUUAUGGACAAAUCGGAGUCCGAAUCGUUAAAGGUCAUGAUAUACUUGGUGGAAGCAGUUCUUCCCGAGGGUUAUUUCGCAGACGACUUACGAGGCCUAUCGGCUGACAUGGCAGCCUUCCGAGAUUUGCUGAGAUUGCGCUUGCCUCGGCUCGCUAACCACAUGGACCACUUGCAAAGAAUAUCUGACGGUGGAGGCGUAGAACCCCCAUUGCCUGAUGUAUUUACAAUGCAAUGGUUUCUUACCCUGUAUGCCACGUGGCUACCUCGAGAAUCCCUUUUAAGAAUAUGGGACCUCAUUUUACUGGAUGGUAAUGAAAUCUUACUGCUCACUGCCCUGGCUAUUUGGGAUAUGCUUCAAGACCGCAUCCUGUCAGCCCGUUCCGCGGACGAGUUCUACAGCUGCAUGGGCGGCGGCGCCGGUGCCGUGUGGGAGGCCGGCGAGGCUCUGGUGGCCAGGGUGGUGGCUUUCGGCUCCGUCCCCGAGCUCCCGAGGCUGCGCAGUCUCCAUAGAUACAGAGUUACACCGCCCGCCCCGCCAGCUGUUCCGGUGUGUCAACCGCCUCUACAUUCUGCGAUGCAGUCGAUGACGAAGAGAGGGUUGCGCCUGUUUUAUUCAGAAGAUGAGGGUGACUCAAGCGAUGACGGGAAUAGAAUGGCGUUAGCAACGGUUAUUCCAAAACGAGACGACCGUUUGGGUGCUGGCGAUAGACUGUCUUUGGAUAUCGGUGCUCUUAAAAGGCAAUACGCGAGGUUGAGGGAGCGGCAGCGACAAGCUCAUGUCAUUCUAGCAGCGGCUUGCGCCAGACAUGCGGCAGUUGGAGUACCGACUUCCCCAACGUCGCUUACAGUCAAUAAUCUUCUAUUGGGAAAAAGUGCAAUUGUAAGCUCACGGGGCAGAAGACUCGGCCCGCCGCCCGGCGCCGUGCCCCCCUCGCGACAAGCGCUCGCCUCGAGGGAAAAGACUUCCCCGCGAGCCCACUCUAACGACACCAUUAGUUGGAACGAAGAAAAAAGUCGUAAAUCGCUUAACCGGCGCAAUUCUCUCAAAUGGAAAGAUAUUAAGAAAGAUAAAACUGUAGAAAAAGGUAGAAAGGCAUCUAUCGAUUUCGAUGAGGCUGGUGAUGGAAUCAUAGUUUCGGAACGCGAAGCAGAUGAAAUGGUUGCUUCAUUGAGAUCGCGCAGCUCUAGUGAAAGUUCAUCAUAUUCUUCACAUUCAGCAUCCAGUACUGACACUAGCCUGUGUGAUGAAAACGAACGCGGUAGUGAUUCGGAACCGGAAAUACAAGACGACAAUAAAGUCAAAGUCAAAUCCACUUCAAAAGAACCAAAACAUUCAUCAUCAUUACUUUCAAAGGAUACGGUUUUAUCUCACUCGCCUACUUUAAAAGAACCAAAGCUAUCUCCUAGUUGUUUUGAGAAAGAUAUAAAGUAUAUUCGAUCUUCUAGUCAUAAGGAAUCGCAAAUUUCUCCAUGUACUCUUAAAAAAGACACAUCGUUUCGUCUCUCACCUAUAAUAACGGAUUCAAAACCUUCGCCAUGUAAAUUUACUAAAGACACAGAAUACCUUCACUCACCCAUUUCCAAAGAAUCUAGAAUUUCCCCCGUUAGUACUGCAAAAGACAAAAAAAAUACCCUCUCAUCCAUAAUAAAAGAAUAUAAAACUACUCCAUCAAUAGAACAAAAUCAAAUAAUGACAUCAGAAAUGACUGUAAAUGAUUACCUACACUCUGCAGCAGGUGAACCAUUAAGAAAUUACAUCGAUGGUUUCGACAGCAAGCGAAGUGACAAUUUGUUAGGUUGUACUGAAAUGGAAAAUUACAAAAGAUUAAGUCCGUAUAAAAGUAAAUCUCCAUAUUCAGACCACGGUUCUGAGAAAGGGGAAGUCCUAAUGAGACUGAAGUCUGAAGAAUACACCAGAAGCACUGAAUCAAUUCGAUCAUCAAAGCCUCUGCCAAAGAAUCUGACGGACCUCAGUCCUAUCGAUUUGUCUCCAUGUAAUUUUGAAACAGGCUUUAAAUCUCCUUAUACUUACGAUUAUGAAAGUAAUUUUAAGAGACCUUCUACUUCUAAAUGUGCCAGGCCACCAGAUAUUAUUGAUAGUCUGACAAUGUAUCCAAAUUUUGUGCCUGAUAUAGAUUUAUCUGACAAAAACGUUUCUGACAUCGAUAGCCCGCCAAGAAGUCCCGGUGCUGAGAGUAUCGUAGUGAGCGAAGAUGAGCCUCCCAUACCACUGAGAAUUGAUAAAUACUUUGAGCAUAGUCCUGAAUUUUUUGGAGCCCGUGUUACAGAUCCUAAUAAUUCUGAAAUACCUAAUCGGAGGGCUGCUAAGAGGUUAUCACGGGUACCAAAGAAACCCGACUCCUUGACACUACAGAGUAACCAUAAUGAUAAAAUUCUACAGAGUGAAGUAGAACGAGCGUCAUCACUGCCGCAAAGUCAUAGUUUUUCAAAGAAAACCAGUAUCAGCCCAGAUAUUCAUAAUCAGUACAAAAUGAACACUAGUGAAAUUUCAUAUGAAGAACAUAGUAAAAUACAAAAUAUAAAACAAGACAGCUUAGAAAAAACUUCUGAAGUUAAAACAUUCUCCCCGAAAGACUAUGUUCUCAGAUCUGGUCGCAAAAACAGCGAAAGAGCUCUGCAAAUCAUUCAAGAAAAUUCGAAAAUACUAAGCAGAAUUCUAACAAAACAAAAUAUGUCUGAUAUUACAACCAAAACACAUGAAACAAAAAGUUCGGAAAACCUGGUCGAUGUUAUCAAACCCGCUGGCUCUGACAUUAGUACCGUAGAACCCAAUUUUAAUGAUUGCUCCUUUCUAAAGGAGUCCACGUCGGAUUCUUUGAUUGUUCAUCGAAAAAAAAACGCUGACAGUGGAGCGAACGAAAAAAAUGAUUUUGUCAGGAUUAGACCAAUUUCCAUAGAUGAUCCAUUUUCAUUAGAAAUACGUGAAGGUAUUGCACGUAAUCCAGAAUUUAGCACAAUGAAAUGUAUUAAAUCGCCUAGCAGUGAAUGUUUAGGCAAUAAAACUGAUAAUUACGGUUGGGAGAACAAAGGCUUCCUGGCGAAAUGCGAUUUUAAAAAUCUUUUAAAUAAACCAGAAAAAUAUGAAUUCGAUUACGCAAAUACUAUGAAGACUCCAGAACCAACAGCACGCCCUGACGUAUCAAGCAACGAACCUAUACGUUCCUCGAUUUCCGAAUGGGCUCAAAAUUCCGGCCCUGGAGAGUCAAAAGCCUCUGUAACUUUACCGUCAUCUUCAGAAGUAAAAGAUACAUCAACGUACGAACGUCGAUUUAUGUCUGAUGACUAUAACUAUCCGCUUUCUACCAAAUACAACGACUUUGUUUUAUCUAAAGCCAGUGAUAUUUGUAGCAAGACGGUAGGCCAAGGUCCGAAAAUUUGCGAUAGUUUAAUAAAGACUGACAACAGCCAAGUAAGUGAAUUCGCUAACGUAGUAACUUCCUCUAUUAGCUUCACCUAUGAACCUUCAGCUGAUGACGAUUCACCUUGUGGUGCAAAAAGUAAUUCGAGUGAUACAUUGUGUCAAAUUACUUCACUGGACCAAGUAUCUACUCCUAUUUCACCAAAAAUCUUUCCAAAUAGGGAAACUCCUACAAAUCCCAAAGAAUACUUUGAGAAGAGUGAUAAAUUCAAAUUGGAAUCGGAUGACACUUGCAGUGCAAUAACGUCUCUGAUCGAGACUGACACUUUGUCUUCGUUGUCCUACCCAAGGAGCCCCUCUACUGGAUCAUAUCACCCGUUCCCCACUCGUCCAGCAAUGCGGAUGCCCAAAGAGCUCGGAGUUCGACUGGGCAUGUAUCCUAAGGAUACUGUUAAUUCACCCCCAAAAUAAUUAUAGACAAAAUAGUUAAAUGAUUAAUAGUUACUAUUAUUAAAGAAAAAUGUAUUAUGUCGUUCCAUUGCAUUUUAUUGUACUGAUAUUUGCGAAUAAUUUUGUGUUUUGAAUGGUUUUCUGUUUUAGAUUAUGUACAAUUUAUAAAAUAUGUUUGUCAUGCAUUGAUUAGGUAAAAUUAAAUUUUAAGCUAUUGUAGACUUAAUGUUUGAUUUGAUAAUUAAUAGAGAAUACAUAGUUUUACGAAUAAUUCAUUAAAAUUGGAUUAAAAUAAUCCCGACGUUUUCGGAUGACAUCGCGUGAUGUUUUGGAUCGAGCUCCUCAGACUUAUGCACGUAGUUAGUUAGUACCUAGCUCCUCUGAACUUUUAAGGUCAGGAACUGAUUAUUUGCCGUUAUAAAUAAGAGCACAUAACUGCACGCGCAUUACAAUUGAUAAUAUAAGAAUGGCUUUGCUUGUAUUUACGUAUAAGCGUCAGGAAUCUGUUGUAUAUCAACAUAGGUUGUAGCAGUAAGCCGUUCACCUAUUUGAGCUAGAAACAAAACAAACUCGUUGCCUUGACUCUAUUUUAACGUAACGUAUAGUAAAAUAAUAAUCCUUUGCAAUAUGAAAUAUUUGUAUGAUAAUAAGAUAGAUAGAUU